AUAUUUUUCUUUUAGUCGCUUUCGAUACUACGGUACGGUUGGUCGCUGCCGCUCCGCGAACUAAUAAACGAGUAAUAUAGAAUACCCGUGUGUGACCUCAACUUUGUGAAGUUUUGUGUGUGACUUCGCCGCUUGUGAUUUCAAAAUGGGGUGUGGAACGAGUUUUGUGAAAUAUGUGCUGUUUUUCUUCAACCUGGUGGUCGCGCUGUUUGGUCUAGCGGUGAUCGGAGUCGGCGUGGCCGUGCUGCUCAAAUGGUCGGUGCUGACUGAUAUUCUGCGCGGUCAUCUGACCGUGGCGCCGUGGGUGUUCAUCGUGAUCGGCGCGAUCAUGUUUGUGAUCGCUUUCUUCGGCUGCUGCGGAGCGAUACGCGAAAGCCAUUGUAUGGUUGUAACGUACGCGAUCUUCUUGCUGGUGAUCAUCAUCGCGCAGGUCGUGCUGGCGGUGCUGAUGUUCACUUACGGAGAAUCGAUCAAGAACUCGUUAGUGCAGUCCGUGAACGCGUUGUUCGACAAGCGGGCCACCGACCCCAGCGUCAAUGUCGUCUUCAACAAUAUAGAGGAACAGCUCAACUGCUGCGGCAAAAACGGUCCGUUCGACUACGGUGUGGCACCUCCCAAGUCGUGCUGCCCCCACAUGGGCGUGGUCGGCUCUACCAUCAACCAGUGCACUGUCAUCGACGCCAACAAGAACGGCUGCGCGCCCGUCGUGGGUGAACUGUACGAGACAUGGAACAAACCCAUCGCCGGCAUCGCUAUCGGUGUCGCUUGUGUCGAGAUCGUCGGGGCCCUGUUCGCGCUGUGCCUGGCCAACUCCAUAAGGAACAUGGAUAGAAGGUACGCUUAAACGAUAACAUCACGAAUAUUUUAUACGAGAAAAAAGUAUCACCAUUGAAGAAUAACGAAACAACAUACCAUAAACAAUUUGUUUUUUUUUAUUAAUGAUUAGUAUGUACAAGUUAAGUUACUGUUAAGUUGAUAAAUGCAAGCCCCACCUCAGUUAAUUUCGAUUCCGAACUGUUACCAUAAAAUGUAGCGUAAGAGACGGCUGCUUCAAUUUUGAUAGAAUAUUGACGCUUAUUUACCAAAAGAAAAGAUUGAGAAUAUUGGAAACAUCACAACUAAAUAUUAUUAAAAGAAAUUAAAAAAGUUUUGCAUUCGUGAAUUAAAUUCAGAAUAAAAAAAAUGCUAUUAAUUUUUUUACGACAACACUAGAGCCGUCUCUUUAAGUAAAUGCAAGUUGAAUGUUAAAGGUAAGGUAGGAAAGUUAACACAUUUUCGUACCUGACGUGUUAUUGUUUAUAUUCUAUACUCUGUGCCUAUAAUAUUAAUAUUAUUACAAACAACAAAAGGCACGAGUGAUUACAUAAUUAAAACAUUAUUUUAAAGAUUGUAUGGAAACGCGCAAACUACUUAUUUUAGGCAGAAUUCUAUCUCUUAGAUCUGUGGCGCUCUGACUUGUGUUUCAUAUUCUAUUAUAAUACGGUUGAAUUAACUGUGCACCUGUUGUGCCCUUUUUGCUUAUGGCUCCUCUUCAGUAUGUCUGUCAUCGCGAAAGAUCCGAGAGGCCGAAAGAUCCGAUCUGGUGUGGGCAUAUUCAAGCAGAUCAAAGAGUAUAGUGGGUUUCCGGUAGAAUGUUGACCACCGUGUCCACACUGUAGCCACGCAUUAAGUUUGUCAUUACGUUACUGUUUAUCGAUUGUCCUGAAAAUUUCUGAAAUAAAAACCCUAUAGUACACACUCAGUAGUUACAU